AUGCCACCUCUAGCUAGACCAUUGAAGUCGUCUCAUCCUCCUUCAUCUUCUAAUCGUACACGCGAGUCAUUCAGUUCCAAUAUUUGCAAUGAGGAGUUCCACACUAGUACUACUACAACCGACGAAGUUGCUAUCGACGAUAUCGAGAAUACUCCGAAACAACAGCCCGGCAAUUCUGCCCCUGACACAAAUUCUCCUUGUCAACUACCCGAACCUGCAGUAAAUCUACCCUCCUCGUCCUCAGAGCACGAGGUCGGGAAACGCAUUUCUGUUUCUUCUGUCUUCUCUCUUGCAUCGUCUCGUGGCGCUGCAAGCUCUGCUCCCUCUACAAACGGCUCGGACGGCGGCGGCGGUAUCCAACGCUCUGUAUCGGGCAUCAUGGCUUCUGGCAAAGGCCUGGGUCCAUCCCCAGGUCAAUCCGAGUCUGGUGUGUCUAAUGUAACAGUUACCACAUCUUCUAACUCAAAUACCCAGAACCCUAUUAGCGGCCCUCAGUUAACUCCGCGGGAGACUCAUCAUACCAAUCCUCUGGACCUCGUCAAGCGAAAUCCUGCACCUGCACCAAACCCAGCUCCUCGGCCCCAGGUGACUCGAUCUCGAAGUAGGGCUAAGCGGCGAUUGAGCGGUAGUACUGCUAAUAGUAGCCACAGCCCUAGCAGCGAGCGAGGUCCUCACGUUAAAGAGAAGGAAGAGGUUAAGCCAGCGCCGUGGGGUAUCAUUGGUGUUUGCGCGCUGGAUGCUAAAGCCAGAAGCAAACCGAGCAGGAAUAUUCUUAACAGAUUAAUUGCAAACCGUGAAUUCGACGUUAUAGUGUUUGGAGAUAAGACAAUUUUAGACGAAGAAGUGGAAAACUGGCCGAUAUGCGACUAUUUAAUAUCUUUCUAUUCAGAUGGCUUUCCUUUGGAAAAGGCUAUAGCUUACGUUAAGGCUCGAAAACCGUUUUGUGUCAAUGAUGUGCCGAUGCAAAAGGUACUUUGGGAUAGGCGACUCUGCCUGAGAAUACUUGACAAGAUCGAAGUACCAACCCCGAAACGAGUCGAAGUAAAUCGCGACGGCGGACCGAGUUUGCUAACCCCAGAUGUUGCGAAACAUAUAAAAGAUGUUACCGGCAUUACCCUCGAGCCUGGUGGACCAGACAACUAUCGCUUCCCUCGCAAGGUAGAGCUGCUUGACGAUGGAGAUAUCUUAAGCGUGGACGGUACCCUAUUAAAGAAGCCAUUUGUUGAAAAGCCAACCAGCGGCGAAGACCACAACAUCAUUAUCUAUUUUCCAAAAUCUUCUGGCGGGGGUGCCCGUAAACUCUUCAGGAAAAUUGGUAACAAAAGCUCAGAAUUUGUUAAAGAUCUUAUUAUUCCCCGUGCUAUAACCGAGCCGGAGGGUAGCUUCAUUUAUGAGAAGUUUAUGCAGGUGGACAACGCAGAAGAUGUAAAAGCCUAUACGGUUGGGCCGCAGUACUGCCAUGCCGAGACAAGAAAGUCCCCUGUCGUAGAUGGUAUUGUUCGGCGUAAUACGCAUGGCAAAGAAAUACGUUAUGUCACCUCGUUGGGCCCGGAAGAGAAGGAGAUUGCAAGCAAGAUCGCCAAUACGUUUGGACAACGCGUCUGCGGGUUCGAUCUACUUCGAGCGGGUGGUAAAAGUUAUGUUAUAGAUGUCAAUGGUUGGAGCUUUGUCAAAGAUAACGAAACCUACUACGAUCACUGUGCGAGUAUCUUGAAGGAUAUCUUCAUCAGGGAGAAGAUUCGUCGUGGGGGGCCAACGCCGCCUCUCCCAUCGCCUACUAUUUCCGACAUUGGUGAUCCACUAAAGCAAGCUAUUUUUAGUAACAAGGAAAAAGAUGGGUUGGUUAGUACAAGACAGCCAAAGUCCGCAGGAAGCGCAGGCACACUUUCCCCCGAAGAGAGUAAAGAAAGUAAGGACGAGCAGAGCGCAGCAAAUGCCUCACCACCCAAAUCUGAUACGGGAGUGGCGGGUAUCGCGACAAGACUGCAAAAUGGUAUCAUUAGUCCCAUAACUUACCUUACAGGUGGCUCUGCUGCAAGCAGCUUACCGACUACGGCCCCUCCAACUCUUCCGGCUACACCCUCAAGUAAAGCAGAAGAACAAGCUGACCACUUAGAGGAACCGACACCGCCUCCGCCUCCCCCCAAACACUCGUGGAAGCUCAAAGGAAUGGUCUCGGUCAUCCGACAUGCAGACCGUACUCCAAAACAGAAGUACAAAUUUACCUUUCACACACAGCCAUUUAUCGACCUUCUAAAAGGCCACCAAGAAGAGGUUCUCCUUAUUGGAGAGCCUGCCUUGGCCAGUGUCCUCGAUGCGGUCGACUUGGCUUUGAAGGCCGGUGAGGAGGACCGAAAUAAGCUUAAAUCCCUUCGUAAUGUAUUGGUUAAGAAAGGGGGGUGGGCAGGCACAAAAGUUCAAAUCAAGCCAAUGUUUCGUAAGAAGAAAACGGCCGAAAUGAACGAAUCAACUCCCAAAGUCACCGAGGGAGUAAAGAUGGAGUCUGAAAGUGUAGAAAUCCCACCUAAGGAAGUAGACGCCAAGAAAGAACCGGAACAACCCCCCGCAAAAGAGCAAUUGAAGGCCGAAGACGGUCUGCGCCGACCUGAUCUGUCAGAAGUAGUCGUAUCUGACUCUGAGCAACAGCCGAAUAACCCACCGCGGCGCCAAGAUUCCAUGUCAGGGGUAACAAUGUCCAAAUUCACUGCAGCCGACAACAGUUUCGUUUUAGAUAAGUUGCAGCUUAUUGUCAAGUGGGGAGGCGAACCGACUCACUCGGCACGUUACCAGGCGCAAGAAUUAGCACAAAAUAUGCGUAAUGACUAUCUUCUGCUAAAUCGUGAUAUUCUGGACCAAGUUCACGUAUUUAGUAGCUCUGAGCGGCGAGUUACAGCCAGUGCACAGAUUUGGGCAGCAUCGUUUAUAGAGAAGAAUGACCUUCCAGAAGACUUUAUUACGAUACGGAAGGAUUUGUUGGAUGAUUCCAACGCGGCUAAGGAUGAGAUGGAUAAAGUCAAAAAGAAGCUUAAGGGUUUAUUGCGAAAGGGGAACGAGCGGCCAUCCCAGUUUGCUUGGCCAGAAGGAAUGCCAGAGCCUUCUGAAGUACAAACGCGAGUAGUGCAGCUGAUGAACUUCCACCGUCGCGUAAUGCAGCACAAUUAUAGCAAACUGCAAACUGGCGCUGUAAAUUCCCUCAACGCUAUCAAUACCCCGGGCUCAGAUAAAACUCAUAGCGAGAGUUCUAGUACAUCUGUAGCCUCGUCGCUUUCCCAAGCCAAUGCUAUCAACGGCAUCCAAGCUCGCUGGUGCUGUGGCGAGGACGCGGAAUUGUUUCGCGAGCGUUGGGAAAAGCUCUUUGCGGAAUUUUGCGAUCACGAGAAGGUUGAUCCUAGCAAAAUCUCGGAAUUGUAUGAUACGAUGAAGUUUGAUGCUCUACACAACCGUCAAUUUCUCGAAUGGGUCUUCACUCCGCCAAAGCAUAUGCUAGAGGAAGAAUUUAGCAUCACCAUAAGCCGCGAGGGCAAAGCCUCGCCAAAGGAGCCUGAAGAAGGCGGUAAAACGACUGAUGACAAAUCGGAUAAAAGCCAAGUCCUUGGUUCGUCACCUGGGGAAAAGGUGGAUAAGUCGGACCGGCCGGAGAGGACCGAGAGGUCAGAGAAGACUAUGAAGCGUAUUUUCCGAAGGAGAUCUUGGAUGAAGCAUCCUCACGAGGUUGACAGACCUGCCGAAUAUUUUCACUUACCUAAAGGUAACAAUCAGACUAAAGCAAAGACAGACGAAUGUUUCGAACCUCUACGGGAACUUUACCAACUUGCUAAAGUUCUAUUUGACUUCAUCUGCCCGCAGGAGUAUGGCAUUUCAGAUAGUGAAAAGCUCGAAAUCGGACUCUUGACAUCACUCCCCUUACUCAAAGAGAUUGUCCAAGACCUCGAAGAAAUGCAAGCGUCUGAUAACGCCAAGUCGUUCUUCUAUUUCACCAAGGAAUCGCACAUCUACACGUUGCUAAACUGUAUCCUCGAGGGUGGUAUCGAGACGAAAAUCAACCGCAGGACGAUCCCUGAACUUGAUUAUCUCUCGCAGAUCUGCUUCGAGCUAUACGAGUCGGAGACCAAGCUCCCAGUAGAUGCGUCCCUCGUCGAUCAGCCUACCUUCAACUACAGCAUCCGCAUCACGAUCAGCCCCGGUUGCCACAUUUUCGACCCCCUGGACAUCCAACUAGACAGUAAACACUGUAUAGGAUGUGCACCGCGCAGGAGCCUAACACCUCACGCGGAUUGGAAGAAGGUCAUCGAGACGCUCAGAGCCAAGUUCCAUCAGGUCAAACUACCCAAGACUUUCCUCGCGGUCAACCUCUCAGAUGCCUUCACAUUCCAAGAGAAGGAGCGGCAAAAUUCCGAGGCGGAUUGCCUCGAGAAGGAUCCCGGUGGCAACGAAACCGAAACCGAAGGUCUCGAGAUGAAAGCACUGGGCUCAUCGCGGUCCUCGCCUGUGAAGGUCGAUCCGCGCGGUGACGACACCGAGGUGUCGACUGUUAAUGAUGAGCAGCAGCCAUCUCUUCCACCUCCCGUUGCAACGGUUAAUAAUGCGGCUGAUCUGCCUCCGGCCGCAAAUACAGCGGGAACAACGGUCCCUGAAUUAGAAGGUACCAAGGACGCAGGCACCACCACUACCACCACUGUCGACCCUGAUACCACUAAGACGGGAUGA